GCGUACACGUACGCGUCCAAAAUCCGCAUCUUUUCGGCUGCGAAUCGUCUGUCUCUUAAAAUAGCAUGUAAGCUGAGGAGGUCUUUCAGUGCAUGGAGGAAGACAUCUCUUAUCUAGAGAUUUAACUGAUCUAAAGAUAUCAAGUUUUGGGGAUACACAAAGUGGAAUAGGAUCGCCAUGUUUCGAAACAGUCUCAAGAUGCUUCUUACAGGAGGGAAGUCAAACCGCAAAAACAGGUCCAGUGAUGGAGGGAGCGAGGAGCCGCCAGACCGAAGACAGGCAAGUGUAGACUCCCGCCAGAGCCGAUCUGGGCAAGGCACCUCCACAGAGAACGACUGUGCUUUUGAACCAGACUACGCAAUUCCUCCACUCCCAGUGACCGAAGGUAUGCAGCACAUUCGGAUUAUGGAGGGCAUGUCCCGCUCUCUUCCAUCCUCCCCCUUACUCACACAUCAGUCUAUCAGUGUUCGGCUCCAACCUGUGAAGAAGUUAACUGCCCCUUUGAGGAAAGCAAAGUUUGUUGAGAGCCCUCGAAUCCCCGAGUCGGAGCUCGGCUCCCCGACGCUCUCGGCAGCGCCGAAGCUGGACGUCGAUGCGUACGGCGCCGGUGAUACGGAGCAGGAGCUGGGACCCCCUCCAUCCGUCGAUGAGGCAGCGAACACACUCAUGACUCGCCUGGGCUUCCUCCUGGGAGAGAAAGUCACGGAGGUACAGCCAGGGCCCCAGUACAGCAUGGAGGUGCAGGACGAGAACCAGACGUCGGCCGUAACGCAGCGGAUAAGCCCGUGCUCCACGCUGACGAGCAGCACGGCCUCGCCGCCAGCCAGCAGCCCCUGCUCCACCCUGCCUCCUGUCAGCACCAACGUGACGGCCAAGGACUGCAGCUAUGGUGCCGUCACCAGCCCCACGUCCACCCUCGAGAGCAGAGACAGCGGCAUCAUAGCUACUUUGACAAGCUACUCCGAAAAUGUGGAACGCACGAAAUACGGAGGGGAAAGCAGUAAAGAAUUAGGGUCGGGAGGAAACCUGAAACCGUGGCAGUCGCAGAAGUCCAGCAUGGACUCCUGCCUGUACCGCGUGGACGAGAACAUGACGGCCUCCACCUACAGCUUGAACAAGAUCCCGGAGAGGAACCUGGAGACGGUCUUGUCCCAGUCGGUGCAGUCUAUUCCGCUUUACCUUAUGCCACGGCCAAAUUCAGUAGCAGCCACCAGCUCGGCCCACUUGGAGGACCUCGCGUACCUGGACGAGCAGCGGCACACUCCCCUCCGGACGUCGCUGCGGAUGCCGCGGCAGAGCGUGGCGGGCGCCCGCGCCCAGCAGGACCUGCGAGUGCGCUUUGCGCCUUACCGGCCUCCCGACAUCUCCCUGAAGCCGCUGCUCUUCGAGGUGCCCAGCAUCACGACGGAGUCGGUGUUCGUCGGCCGCGACUGGGUGUUCCACGAGAUAGACGCGCAGCUGCAGAGCUCCAACGCCAGCGUCAACCGCGGGGUCGUGAUCGUUGGCAACAUCGGGUUCGGGAAAACUGCCAUCAUCUCCAGAUUGGUUGCCCUCAGCUGCCAUGGCACGCGCAUGAGGCAGAUUGCGUCUGAUAGCCCACAUGCCUCUCCGAAACAUGUGGAUGCAAACAGAGAGCUGCCCUUGACACAACCGCCUGCUGCCCACUCUUCAAUCACCAGCGGGAGCUGCCCUGGGACCCCUGAAAUGCGCCGCCGCCAGGAAGAGGCCAUGCGGAGACUUGCUUCACAGGUCGUCGCUUACCACUACUGCCAAGCUGAUAAUGCCUAUACCUGCCUCGUGCCGGAGUUUGUGCACAACGUGGCGGCCCUGCUCUGCCGCUCGCCGCAGUUCGUGGCCUACCGGGAGCAGCUGCUGCGGGAGCCCCACCUGCAGAGCAUGCUCAGCCUGCGCUCCUGCGUCCAAGACCCCAUGGCCUCCUUCCGCAGGGGAGUCCUGGAGCCCUUGGAAAAUCUACACAAAGAGAGGAAGAUCCCUGAUGAAGAUUUCAUCAUAUUAAUUGAUGGUUUGAAUGAGGCUGAAUUCCACAAGCCAGAUUAUGGGGACACCAUAGUCUCGUUCUUGAGCAAAAUGAUCGGAAAAUUCCCUUCCUGGCUUAAGCUGGUAGUGACAGUCAGGACAAGUCUACAGGAAAUAAUUAAGCUGUUGCCCUUCCACAGAAUAUUUUUGGAUAGACUGGAAGAGAACGAAGCCAUAGACCAGGACCUGCAGGCGUAUAUCCUUCAUCGAAUACACAGCAGCUCAGAGAUCCAGAACAACAUCUCACUUAACGGCAAAAUGGACAACACUACAUUUGGCAAGCUCAGUUCUCACCUCAAGACCUUGAGCCAAGGGUCCUACCUGUACCUAAAACUCACUUUUGAUCUCAUAGAGAAAGGAUACCUAGUACUAAAAAGCUCCAGCUACAAAGUAGUCCCGGUCUCUCUGUCAGAAGUUUACCUGUUACAGUGCAAUAUGAAGUUCCCAACGCAGUCUUCCUUUGAUCGGGUUAUGCCUCUCUUGAAUGUGGCAGUGGCAUCUCUGCACCCAUUAACAGAUGAACAUAUUUUUCAGGCCAUUAAUGCAGGUAACAUUGAGGGCACUUUGGAGUGGGAUGACUUUCAGCAGAGGAUGGAGAACCUUUCUAUGUUUCUUAUCAAACGUAGAGAUAUGACGCGAAUGUUUGUUCAUCCCUCUUUCCGAGAAUGGCUUAUUUGGAGAGAAGAAGGAGAAAAGACCAAGUUUCUCUGUGAUCCUAGGAGCGGCCACACAUUACUUGCCUUCUGGUUUUCCCGUCAAGAAGGAAAACUAAAUCGACAGCAAACUAUUGAACUGGGACACCACAUUCUCAAAGCACAUAUUUUUAAGGGGCUUAGUAAAAAAGUCGGGGUGUCUUCCUCCAUCCUGCAAGGGCUUUGGAUCUCCUACAGUACCGAAGGUCUUUCGAUGGCUUUGGCGUCACUGAGAAAUCUCUACACCCCGAACAUAAAGGUCAGUCGGUUGCUGAUUUUGGGAGGUGCAAAUGUAAAUUACCGGACCGAAGUUUUGAACAACGCCCCGAUUUUGUGUGUCCAAUCUCACCUGGGUUACACGGAGAUGGUGGCUUUGCUCUUGGAGUUUGGGGCCAAUGUAGAUGCUGCUUCUGAAAGUGGCCUGACCCCACUUGGAUAUGCUGCUGCUGCUGGAUUCCUCAGCAUUGUCAUGCUGUUGUGCAAGAAAAGGGCUAAGGUGGAUCACUUGGACAAAAACGGUCAGUGUGCCCUGGUUCAUGCCGCUCUCAGGGGACACUUGGAAGUGGUGAAGUUUCUGAUUCAGUGCGACUGGACCAUGGCUGGGCAGCAGCAGGGAGUGUUUAAGAAGAGCCACGCCAUCCAGCAGGCGCUGAUCGCUGCGGCCAGCAUGGGCUACACGGAGAUUGUCUCCUACCUGCUCGAUCUUCCAGAAAAAGAUGAAGAGGAGGUGGAGCGAGCACAGAUCAACAGCUUUGACAGCCUUUGGGGAGAGACAGCUCUGACAGCAGCGGCAGGCCGAGGGAAGCUGGAUGUCUGCCGUCUCCUCCUGGAGCAAGGAGCAGCCGUGGCCCAGCCAAACCGGCGCGGGGUCGUUCCGCUCUUCAGCGCCGUGCGACAAGGCCACUGGCAGAUCGUUGACCUCUUGCUCACGCACGGCGCUGACGUGAACAUGGCAGACAAGCAGGGGCGGACGCCACUGAUGAUGGCUGCGUCCGAGGGACAUCUGGGCACGGUGGAGUUUCUGCUGGCACAAGGUGCCUCCAUUUCUCUGAUGGACAAGGAAGGACUGACAGCCCUUAGCUGGGCCUGCCUCAAGGGGCACCUCUCGGUGGUGCGUUCCCUGGUGGAGAACGGAGCUGCCACGGACCACGCCGACAAAAACGGCCGCACUCCCCUGGACCUGGCGGCUUUCUAUGGCGACGCAGAGGUGGUUCAGUUUCUGGUGGACCAUGGUGCCAUGAUUGAGCACGUCGACUACAGCGGGAUGCGCCCCCUUGACAGGGCCGUGGGGUGCCGCAACACCUCCGUCGUCGUCACCCUCCUGAAGAAAGGAGCAAAGAUAGGUUGUCAGACGUUACCGAGUCGCCCACGAGGUCCAGCAACAUGGGCGAUGGCAACCUCCAAACCCGACAUCAUGAUCAUCCUGUUGAGCAAGCUGAUGGAAGAGGGAGACAUGUUUUACAAGAAAGGUAAAGUGAAGGAGGCUGCCCAGCGCUAUCAAUAUGCCCUGAAAAAGUUCCCCAGGGAAGGGUUUGGAGAAGAUCUGAAAACCUUCCGGGAGCUGAAGGUGUCGCUCCUCCUCAACCUCUCCCGAUGUCGAAGGAAAAUGAAUGAUUUUGGAAUGGCGGAGGAAUUUGCUACUAAAGCACUGGAGCUGAAACCGAAAUCUUAUGAAGCUUACUAUGCAAGAGCAAGGGCCAAACGCAGCAGCAGGCAGUUUUCAGCAGCCCUGGAGGACCUGAACGAGGCCAUCAAGCUGUGUCCGAACAACCGUGAGAUUCAGCGGCUGCUGAUGCGAGUGGAAGAGGAGUGCAGGCAGGUGCAGCAGCAGCAGCAGCAGCAGCAGCAGCAGCAACCGCUCCCGGUGGAGCCCGAACCUGAAGCCCAGCAAGAAGAGCUCUAUUCUGUGCAAGACAUCUUCGAGGAGGAGUACCUUGAGCAGGAUGUAGAAAAUGUUUCCAUUGGCUUGCAGACAGAGUCAAGGCCAAACCAAGGGCUGCCCAUCAUCCAGAGCCCACCCCCGUCCCCAGCUCACAGGGACUCGGCCUAUAUUUCUGGCUCGCCUCUUGGCUCUCAUCAGGUCUUUGACUUCAGGUCCAAUAGUUCAGUGGGUUCGCCAACCAGGCAAGGAUACCAGUCUACAUCUCCUGCUCUGUCUCCGACGCACCAGAACUCUCAUUAUAGACCUAGUCCUCCGCACACUUCCCCUGCUCACCAGGGCUCCUCUUACCGCUUCAGUCCACCUCCGGUUGGAAGUCAAGGGAAAGAAUAUCAAAGUCCACCACCUUCCCCUCUUCGUAGAGGUCCUCAGUAUCGCGCCAGCCCCCCUGCAGAAAGCAUGAGUGUGUAUAGGUCACAGUCUGGCUCCCCAGUUCGUUAUCAGCAAGAACCUAGUGGUGUCAACCAACUCCCCGGUAGACCAAAGUCUCCGUUAUCCAAAAUGACGCAGCGGUCUUUCCAGAUGCCCCAGCUUCCCGUUGCGGUUCCCCAGCAAGGGCUGAGACUGCAGCCAGCUAAGGCUCAGAUUGUGAGAAGCAACCAGCCCAGCUCUGCAGUGCAUUCGAGUACUGUAAUUCCAACUGGUGCUUACAGCCAAGUUGCCCACUCGAUGGCCAGCAAAUACCAGUCAGCAUCAGGGGAGAUAGGGGUUAGUCAGAGUAGGUUGGUCUAUCAAGGCUCAAUCGGUGGAAUCAUAGGUGACAGCAGACCGGUGCAACAUGUUCAGGCAAGUCUUAGCGCGGGAGCAAUUUGUCAGCAUGGAGGUCUGGCUAAAGAAGAUCUUCCGCAGAGGCCUUCCUCGGCAUACAGGGGUGGGAUGAGAUACAGCCAGACGCCUCAGAUCGGACGAAGUCAGUCAGCUUCCUAUUACCCAGUCUGUCACUCAAAGCUUGAUCUGGAACGUUCUUCCCUUCCCUCCGGCCAGCUCGGCUCUCCAGAUGUGUCUCAUCUCAUAAGAAGGCCCAUCACAGUUAAUCCCAGUGAAAUAAAGCCUCACCCACCAACUCCAAGACCGCUGCUUCAUUCUCAAAGUGUUGGCCUCAGAUUCUCUCCUUCCAGCAAUAGCAUUUCAUCCACCUCCAACCUGACGCCCAACUUCCGCCCUUCUGCUUCUAUUCAGCAAAUGGAGAUUCCUCUCAAGCCAGCUUAUGACAGAUCAUGCGAUGAACUUUCUCCAGUCUCUCCAACUCAGGGGGGUUACCCCAGUGAGCCAGCCCGUUCCAGGACGACGCCAUUCAUGGGAAUCAUAGAUAAAACCGCUCGGACUCAGCAGUACCCCCAUCUCCAUCAACAGAACCGUACCUGGGCUGUGUCAUCAGUGGAUACUGUUAUUAGUCCUACAUCUCCUGGCAACCUCCCUCAGCCAGAAUCAUUUAGCCCGCCUUCUUCAAUCAGCAACAUUGCCUUUUAUAACAAAACCAACAAUGCACAGAAUGGCCAUUUGCUAGAGGAAGACUAUUACAGCCCCCAUGGGAUGCUAGCCAAUGGGUCCCGGGGAGACCUCUUGGAGAGAGUCACCCAAGCCUCCUCGUAUCCAGAUGUUAAGGUGGCUAGGACACUGCCUGUUGCACAGGCCUACCAGGACAACCUGUACAGGCAGCUCUCCAGGGACUCUAGACAAGGGCAGACAUCCCCAAUCAAACCAAAGAGACCAUUUGUGGAGUCUAAUGUGUAAAAGACGCUUGUUGGAGUAAGACCCUUAUGUUUUCAGCACACACUUCCGAGCUUGAUUUCCAUGCAUAUUCUUCUUAUUAUUUUUAUUUCUCUUUGGUAGCUACAUGACCAAGUUUCUCCGGUACUUUCUGUGUGGUGGUCAGACAGCCAUGCACGUGCUCCAGCCCUUUUGUUACCCAGCUGACUGUGAAGCCAACAUCAGAGAAGCCAGUAUCGUUUGCCCAGUUCAAACCAAGUUCCCUCACAGUUUUCAGCUGUCAACCAGCAUAUUUUAGUACACGGUGUGGGGUAGGUGAGAAACAUCCCCUACGCAGUGGGAGGUAACCAGCUCUUUUCAAGAGACAAUCACGUUCACUUUAAAUUAGUUUCUUUUGUCUCAACGAGCUCGUACGCAAUUCCGAUGAAAAUUCCUAGUGGGAGCAGAGCAGGGAUCACAGGAGCCUUUCCAGAGGUUGGAUCUGCAGGUUCCUCGUGCCGCUCGCUUUGCCCAGUAAGAGCUAAUUAAUAAGGGCGUGAUCCGUUUUUAAUACGAAGCAGCUAUGCACAAUAACCCUCCUGCUUGAUCUGGUUGAUAGAAUUUUAAUCCGAAUUGUAGCUGUCGGUUAGUUAACGGUGCCAUCUGCCAGAAGGGGUGGGGAUCGCAAGAUGCUUUGCUACUUUGCGAGCUACUUUCCAAGUGCCCCAGCGCUGCUUUACCCUGGGGCGUUUUACGAGUGUUCGGAGGGAUUAAAGUUGGCCCUUCUUAUGCUUAUUUAGCAGCCAAGGGAUUUGGCUAGAAACCUCUCGUGCGUGCUGAGAACUGGGAUCUCACCAACCGCUUCUUCGCUCCGUUAGCAGAUGACUGCACCUCACGCAGAGCACCACGCUCCCACCAGGACGGUUUCACGUUGGGGUUUUCGUUCGAUCCUUUUUUUGCUCGCAAGGAAAAAAAAAAAUCCGAAUUAGGAAAUCGUAUUCAAGGAAGAAAACUGCAAAUUUUUUUUUUUUUGGUUGUUUUUGGUUUUGGAUGGGGAUGCGUAACGUGACGUGAGACGGGAAGGGUCCGAGGAGACACGUUAGCGAAAUCCUCCUGCAAACGCAGCCGGGCAGCAUCGCGCCCCUUCUGCUCGCGCCCGCUCCCGGCCCCCGUGCCGUAGGGAGGGAAGCGGCCGUUUCCGUAGAGCUGCAAGAUCUGUUCCUGAAAUUCUGGAAAGCGAUUGCUGUGUUCCUUACCUGUAAAUGUUAGAGACGAUGUUUUGCUCUUUAAGGACCUGUAGUUAAAAAAAGAAAAAGAGAUAUUUAUAAUUUAUUUAUGCAAUCCGUUUCAGGACAUUUUGGGGGUUUGUUUUUUGUUGUUGGUGUUUUUUUCCCGGUUUUUAAGCAAAUGCAAAUCACAUCAAGACAGCGUGAAAAGCAGGGGACACUUCCAAAAACCUUUUUUAUGGAUUCUUUCCAUUAUUCUCUGGGAUUUUGUGGGGAGCGGUGGGACUUUCUUUACAGAUGCUUCGCUUGUUAUCGGGUUGCGUUCUGUAAUCUGCCUUUUUCAGUCGCUGAGGGCAAACGGUCGGACGAACCGGAGCGGGGAGGGUGUUAAUCCUGUAGCUUGUUUUAAAGCAAAAUAGUGCCUGUCGCCCCACUGCUGAACCUCCCUCGUACCCGCCCGUACGAACGGAAGGGUUCAGCCCUGAGCAGGAGGAGCGGAGGCUACGGUGUUUCCCAAGGGCUAUGCGAAUCUAGCGGUAGACUGAAAGACGAAACCAAAUCGAAGGGCCCGGCCUCGGCUAGUGUAAACGAGCGUCUCCCCGGCGUGACUUCAGCGCAGCUACAUCGAUUCACACCAGCUAAGGAUUUGGCCUGAAGCUCUAAGCAAACCCUGGCUUCGAUUGAGCUUUGCUCUUCCUUUUUUUUUUUUUUUUUCCUUCUUUUUGGGGGUUUUGCGCGCGGCUCGUUGCAGUUGCGCUACCGGCUUUGCUCAGACCGAAGGGGGACGCGCGCAACCUCGGGACGGUGGAGGCCGGCGGCUCGGAGACGCGUCGGACGUACGCUGGCGCCGGGGGGGACUGGGAGGCGCCCCCGUGGGCUUGGGAGAUUCUCGUGCUGUUGUGGCCCUUUUUUUUUUAUGUUUAUCCAAGCCGGCGGUUGCGUUGGGGCCGGCGUUCGCUUUCUCGAGGUGCGGCGCGGGGCUGACCCUUGGCUUUAACACGGGGACGUGCAGAGCGGGUUGCAAAGCGGGAACCCCCGCGGUGACUUCAGGCCGCGGCGGCCGCGAGGAUCCGGGCGGGCGCACGCGCGGCUUCUCCCUGGAAAGGGAGGU